ACAGAGUCGAGAUCCAUCGAUCGUGAAAGGAGACAAGGAUAUCGAUAUCUGGGUACGCAAGGAAAUAGUGGUAAAGAGAGAACCGAGUAUCGAGCUGCGAGAUAUCGGAGGGAUUGGAAGAUAACUACGAAAGAAGGGUCUCUUUUGUUACGGUACCUUCAGCUAUUCAUUGCGAGCAGGUUUAGUGUCCCAUUAUCUCAGAAAGUUCGUUGGACUCCAAAUCAUCUUGUUGUAUGUUUUUGGCGUGAAUCUCUCAUUCACCUUCACUCCCACGCAGCACGCUUAGACGUCCCGCGUAGUCCACCUGACUCUUUCCUCAUCGAGAGCAGUGACGUAGCGUCAAAAACGCGCUCUUACCUCGCAAGCCAAAAACUCUUUCCACGACUAUACCUCCCACCUUCCUUCUCUAACCAUACCACCUCAACCAAUACCCGAACGUCACCAUGAGGCUCAACGCCAUCAUCCUCGUUACUGGUCUUCUAGCUUUUGCAAACGCUGAUCUAGUCGUCCGCAAGGACAUUGAUUACAACAAAGGCGCUCCCGAGUCACACGGCGUUAUUGGCAAGGCUGGUGACGACGAAUGCGUAGCACUGGGCUGUGACGCCAGCUUGCCAGCUUGCCUCGAGCAGUGCGCGCCAGGAUUGCAUUGCGAAGAUUAUUGCGCGUGUUACUUGCACUCUAACCCAGAAUCGAUCUGUCGUCAACAGGGAUGCGUCAAGGCUCCUCAAGACUGCGACAAGUGGGAGCUUACUGAACGUGACACAGCAUCUGCUGGUUCCGCGAUUGCCGAUUCAGAUAGCAUUGCUGUGGGCGACCAACAGUCUCCUCCGAUCGACCAUUGUCAAGUCUGCCGGGCCGCUGUCUACACGUGCCAACAGAACUGCCGCGGUGACAAGGCUUGCGAAACAACAUGUAGUUGUCCCGUCACCGACCAGGAUAGCUGUCACAAGUGCUCGACUACCACCUGUUCUACCACUGCUCAAGUAGCAGACACCAAUGACCCCGAGUCACCCCCAAUUGACCAUUGCCAAGUCUGCCGGUCCGCCAUCUACGCCUGUCAACAAAACUGCAAUGGUGACCAGGCAUGCAAGACAGCGUGCCUAUGUCCUAGCACUGAGCGGGAAAGCUGCGGCAAGUGCCAGUCCUUCAAUUGUCCAAGCUCUUAGAGUCAAGCGGCCGUUGAUGUUCCUUCGUUAUGAGCGGCCAUAGGGGCACCUCGUUUAAAGUAGGAAGUCCAACUGAAACGAGGCAUGUCGAUGUCCAGUGAAGGUGAUCCUAUAGGAGGGAGGCGUUCGGCAGUAUGUACAUCCCCGUAGGCCCAAUAUCGGAUGGUAAAUUUCUUUCAGACGUUGUUUCCAUCUUUCACACGUGUAUGAUCAGUGCCCAGCCGGGUAUAUGUGCAUUCGC